AUGGCACGUAUUGUUUCUGUCUGUGAACAAGGUCUCAAGCAUGAAUUUCUGCGUCGCCAGGUCCCAGUAGAAGUGGAUGACAUGAAAAUGGUGGUGCAAUUCAGCGACAAAUGUACAGAUUGUGAAAAGCUGUGUGGGGUGAAGCAGAAGGACCUCGAGCAUUUCACCAACAAAUUCAACACCCUCACAAAGGAAGAGGUGGCCGGAGCACUGCUGGUGUCAUGCAAGGACAUCAUUAACAUGCUUUCUCAUAUGGUGCCAUGCGUGGGCUGCAGAAAGAGUGUGGAAAGAUUGUUUUAUCAGCUGCAGAAGUCACAGCACCCAGCCUUGGAACCAUUGGUCAUCACAACUAGAGGGGAGAUGUCCAUCCGGCAUGAGUACUUGACCAGUCCCCGCUUGUUGUUCUCUCUUUUCCAUGUGCAUGGGUCCAAGCUACAUUCGGUUGUGGAGUCCAUGUCUAAGAGUAAGAAGAACAAGAGAUGCAACUUACAUUCUCUGGAAACUCACAAGUCAAGAGCAAUGGGAUGCUGGUUGGAGGCUUGGGAUGCCCUGUCAGAGUCCUGCAGAGAGAAAGUCUUGGUUGUGGAGUGGAACCAGCUGUUGGCUACCAUAGACACGUAUCUGGACAAACACAAAUUCUGCACAGAAUGCAAGUCCAAGGUGAUGCUAGCAUACAACAUUCUUGUUGGUGAAACUGACAGCUCAACUGAGAAAGGCUACUGUGCUGCUCUCUAUGAAAACCUGCGAUGCUGUGCCAAAGAACAGCAUGUCCACGUUUUGAAUGAUACAGAGUUCCUGGCGAACCUGCUGGAGAAAGCAGAACCAGAAUUUAUUGGAGGGAAGAGGGACCGGCAUGCCAAAACUCUAGACAUCGCUCAGGAGGAGGUGUUGACCUGCCUGGGCAUUCACAUAUUUGAACGUUUGCACAGAAUCUGGCAAAAGUUACGCAGUGAGGAGCAGACGUGGCUGAUUUUAUUUUACAUGGGAGUGGAUGCCUUGCGGAAUAGUUAUCAAACUGCCUUAGAAGAGAAACAGGGAGCCUCGAACUUAGAACUCUUGUGUGAAGAAUUGCGGGAGAAAGAAAAGAAACAAGAGGUCAAAAAAGAAAUCAAGCGGCAAAAGAAAAAACAGAAAAAAGCAAAAGCCCAAGUGUGUUGGUGUCCGAGGCUGGUGCCAGGGAUGUCCCCAAAAGGCAACAACUACCAUCAUUCACAUCACCACAACUACAGUAGCAGUAACGGCUUUUGUAGUGAUGCCAACUUCAACUCUCUGACCCUGUCCUUGCAAAGCUGUGAUCUUAAUCUUCAAGGUCGACACGGCUCGGGCCAUGACCCCGGGCUGCAGUCAGAUUCCUCUCCAAAUGGUUGGGUGGAGGCGGGAGAUGUGUGCAGUUGUAACAGCUGUAGUGUUCAUGUUUGCAAUGAAGGCUCAGAAGAAAGUGAAUGCUCAGGUUCUUUCACAGACAGUGUAGAUAGUUGUGAAUGUGAUAUCCUCAGAAAGUCUGUCAACAGAAUGGACCCUAAACAGGUUCAUUCCUCAUCCGGGUGCCCUAAUGACAAACUUGCAUUCCAGACCACUGAACAGCCUUCGCUACAAGAACUUUUAGAUGAGUUAUGCUGGAUGGAUGGUGAAGACGACGACCCCAGUAUAUCGGAAGAAGAAAUUCUGGCAUUCAAAGCGCGGCAGGUGGAAGUGGAAAGCAAGCGGCAGACUUUGAGACAGAACCUUCGCCAGCGCUUCGAAGAGUUGCAUCAGUCUAGACAUGUCAGCACAAUUUAG